AUGCUCAGCUCGUUGAAAGAUGUGGCUUACAAGGGAGUAACACCUAGUGAGGUGCGCAUUGUGGUUGUUGCAAACCUGAUGCUAUCUCCUCCAGAUGCCUAUGUCCUCAAGCAUGCUCAUGUCAAGUACACAGUAGAAUUAUUACGACACAAUUCACUCAGAGAAAUUUCCAUGCCAUCACCUCAGUACUACCUGGAAGUUAAGGAUAGGAGCAUUUGUUCUUUAGACGCUGAAAAAUCUGUGGCAACAGCCCUUGAAAUGGGAUCUACUGAGAUCGUUCUCAAAGAUAAGAAUGUCAUCAUGUCAGAGUUCUUUCCACAGCCAUCUGCCAUACUGCAUGUUGUUAGCCCAGGAUUUCUUGCCUUUGUUGUGCUACCUGGCAAAAAAUGGGUACUAGAAACAAAACGAGAAUAUGAAAUCUACAUUGAGGUGUACGACACAGAUAGUCACAAAAUUUUCCCCUCUGAUAAUAUACAAGUGGAAGCAGUUUUUCCUUCAGAAUUCUUUAAGCUGCUUUAUUCUAGUGCCAAUGGCACCUACCAUCGUGUGGUCGCUCUUGCUCAGGGAGACACCAUUGUUAAUGGACAGUUGACAGCUGUGAUAGAUAGUGAUGGCACAUCACAUGCUGUUGUCCCAGCUGUGACAGGAAGCCAGGACGUGGAGAUUUAUGAUCCCAUCACUGUCAACCCAUCCCUUGCCAUCUUCCCAUGGGAUCCAGUCAGCCGCUGUAACCACAGCUUUACUGCUCAGGCGAAAGGAGGCAGUGGAGAGUACUUGUGGGGAUCUACGGACACAGAAACAGCCACAGUUAGCAUUCAGGGGCGGAUAAAUACGUUGGGUCCUGGGAGGAGCAACAUUACAGCAGCUGAUGCCAAGAAUUCAGCACAUAGUGGCACUAUGGUGGUACACGUGUUGCCUCCAGAACAGAUGAGUUUUCUAGCAACAGAGGUUGAAGCACCUGUUGGGAAAACACUUGCUAUCCCCCUCAUUCUGUCAGCUCGUGUUGAUGGAAAAAGUGUGGAGUUCACUGACUGCAGGCAGCUUCCACUAAACUUCACAUUUUCGGACUCAUCUGUGUUCAUGCAUGUUCAAGCAGCGAAAGUGGAUCUACCAGCAGGAGUAUGUACAGUUGUGCAUUUGCAAGCACAUCGCCAAGGUCAUACUUUAUUGACUGUCACUUACCAGGCUCCCAAAAUUUUGCUUCAAGCCAGUAUCACCAUAGCAGCCCAUAUGCCCCUAAAGCCUGUAGACCCAGAAAGGGAGAUCGUGAUAGCAUUAGCAGCAGCCAGAUCUGUGCUUUUCCAAGGGGGACCACAGCCUUGGAUUCUUGACUCAUCCAAAUUUUUUACCAAAUUGACUGCAGAUAAGUCUGAUAGCAUAAGCAUACAACAGACAUCAAACAGCAUCUUAACUGGUGGGAGUCACACAUUCCGUGUUAUAUGUCGGGAUCUUGGUGAACAGAUCCUGACAUUAAAGGUGGGGAAUGGAGUCACAGCCAAGAACAGAUUUCCUGUCAAUGAAUCAACCACCAUGAAACUGGUUUGUGCACGGCCAGUAGAACUUCAUCUACAACCUGUCCUCAUCUCUGAUCCACAGUUGGCUCCUUGCCCUGUCAGCCAUCAACUUCACCUGCCAAUACCUGUGCAUUGUGGAAAAGAUCUGCGAGUGCAGGUGACCCUGACUGACAGCAUUGGACGGCAGCUUCAGAAUAUCUCUUCCUUGGCACUUGAGUGGACGCUGUCAACUGCUUCCCUUGUCACAGUAGUCCACCCAGACAACUUGCAGACAGAAAUCGUUCCUUUUGAGGAUGGAUCACAAAAAAUAUUUGACUACCAAACAUUGAGACCACAUGGGAAAACCGGUAGCACUGUUGUCACAGCAAUUAUCAGUCAUUAUAAACAACAUUACUUGCAGAAUGCUGGCAUAACUGUUAAGGAUCAAGAUCUACCACGUGUUAAUAAGUCCUUGGCUCUGAUGCUGGUGGAAGAGGCUGUUAUCAUCCCUGAAACCAUUUCAGUCUUCAACCACCCAUCAACCAAGGUCACUAUAGAAAUACAGAAAGGCUCUGGGUACUUUUAUGUUCCUGCAUUGGACUCUUCAGUGCUUCAGGCUUCAUAUCUUCCCAAGUCUCACUCCAUUGUGGUGAACCCACUGCAAGAAGGAAGCCAGAGUAUACAGGUGUUUGACCUGUGUUUGGAAGUAGACAGACACCCCACUGCUGUUGUCUAUGUAUCAGGCGUUGGCACUAUCCAGAUGGCUGUACAGGAUAAAGUGGAGAUUCAUAAGGAGGUAACAGCUAUAGUCAAAGUUCUGGAUGCCUAUGGACAUGCUCUUCUCCCUAAUUUUUUUACACUUAUGGGACUCACUUUGCGUGCUGCAUCGGACAUUGUAUCUGUCAGACCAGUGGCAGGACCAUCAGAGGACCAUUUGUCAGGGCUGUAUUCAGUAACUGGCAUGACAGUUGGACACACAACUCUUACUGCUUUUGCACAUCUGCCUAAUGGUCAGAUGUUAAACAGCGCCUCAAAACCAAUUGAGGUGUAUCCUCCUCUGAGACUUAGACCUGCUAACAUCACUUUGAUCGCUGGAGCUACAUUCCAGGUUAUAGCACUUGGAGGUCCACAGCCACAAAGCAUAGUGCAGUUUGGUGUCCUUGAUGAUAAAGUGACAUCAGUUUCUUCAAGUGGGCUGUUGACGGCACUAUCCUUAGGCACGACAAAGGUUGUUGGAAAAGCAGUUGGCCUUGACCCUAUUUCAGGGGAAUCAGUCAUAUACUCUCAGGAUGAAGCUGUUGUGUCAGUGGUACCACUGAAGGGGAUAAGAAUUCAUGCUCCUCUGUCACGCCUUCAGACUGGCAGCCAGAUGCCAGUUUAUGCCAUGGGGCUCACUGAACAGGAUACGCCUUUUACAUUUGGUUCUUCUGUUCCACCUCUUAUCUUCACCUGGAUGCUAAAUAGUCGAGAGGUGCUACUUCUGAAGUCAGUAUACCAGGAGAAGGGCAUCAGGCUGGAGGCACAGCACAGUUUUGCACAGCAAGUAUUUGCCUUAGGGACAGGUCAUGUGACUCUUGGUCUAGAAGUGCGUGCCAGGGAUGGAAGCAAAGUGCAAGUGAAAGAUGAUGUCUUACACGAUGAUCUUCUUAUACAGGUGUUUGAUCCUCUACAGCUGACUACGCCAGAGAUUUGUGCAGGAAACAUUCUUCUCAUGCCCAACACUGAAACCUUGAUUCACACCAACAGGGAUGCAGCAGCAGUCAUGAGUUAUACAGUGAUCAAAGAACCAGGCGUGGAACCAGUAGUGCGUGUGGACAAUAAUGGUCAGCUGACUGCAGGGGCCACACCAGGCAGUGUUUUUGUCAGAGUCACAGCAGCGGAAGACUUUGGCUUCAACCAGACACUAGUACUUUUAGUACAGGUGAAAACCCUGUCAUACCUGAUGUUGAACCUUGACACAGAUCUGCAUAUUUCUGGAUCACCUCUGCCAGGAAUUCCUGUUGGUGGAGUGUUACAGUUUUCAAUCAGUUACCAUGAUGAUGUUGGACAAACAUUUCAUGCAACUAACCUCCAGCUUGGGAUUCAAUGCAACAGGUAUGACCUUUUACAUGUGUCCAGUGGUGGCAGCAAUAACACACUGGUAGUGCGAGCAGCAGAAAUAGGACAUACCAUUUUCAAGGUAUGGGAUAAAGACAACCCCUGGAUUUCUGAUUUUGUAAGUGUACCUGUAGUGAGUGUUAUAUCACCACCCAAUCCAGUCUUGGCGAGGGGCUCAGUCAUCUGCUUCUCCACACCUUUUGAUGAGAACAAAGGUGUCAAAGGUGGAUGGAAAAGCAGUAGCAGAGCUCUGCAAGUAGACUCCCAGACAGGAGAGGCACAUGCUGUGGCCGUAGGGCAGUCAUCUCUUUCAUACCAGAUCUCACCUGACAUUGUUACCAAUACAGAGGUAACAGUGGUUUCAGCAGAGAAAGUCAAGUUGCAGCCUUUGGUAAAAUUUGUGACAAAUAGUCCUAAUACAGAUCAACUCUUCAUUCCAGUUGUCUUCUCAGCAGAGGGCACUCUAACAGGAUUCAGUUGUCACAGCAGUGUCAAGGAGGGAGUCAGAUCUGGUUAUGGAGCACCAGUAGUGACAUUCUUCUGUAAUCUACAGCUCACUGAUCUCCCAGGAAACAUUAGAGUCAGUGAGGUUUUUUCUGUAGAACCUGUAAUUAAUUUACAGACAGGCGAGCAUGGAUGUUUGAUUCAUUCUGUUGGAUCCUUGCAAGUCCUGCAGCAGCUAUCUUUUGUGAUGUCAUCUGCUAAGAUGGAGGUGAGAGUAGCUCAAGAGGAGGAGCAGGAGGAGAUGCUAUCAGACAGCAUCACUUUACCAUUUGUUCCUGCCUUCCAUGUGCACACCUCUGAGUUGCACCUUACAACAACCUCCCCACGUGGGGACAUACACUUGAGCUGUGUACCUCAGGUGGCCCACAGUCUACAGGUGGUAGCAAGUGACCCUAGGUUGGAGGUUUUGAGUGCAGAGCCUGAGAACCAGGGCAAGCUUGUAAUUAUAACAGUACGCCUGAGAGACUCAGUCACAGGGGAUAAUGAUCACCUUGAACUAUUUGUUGACAUCAGCUGUACCAUCACGUCCCAGCACCACCGUCUCCCAGUCUCCAUUCAACUGCAGCAGGGCCAAAAAUCAGAAAGAUCAAGUUCACUCAAGCAAGAAAAAGUAGGUUGGGGCCAGUUGCUUCAGACUGUUCUUCACAACAGCCAGCCUGGCAUUGUCCUAUUUUUUGUCAUCCUGGCCACAGCUGCAGCUGUUCUUGUAGGCUACCAUGCUGUUGUUGGCCCACGCUACAAGAUGGCUGCAACAUCCAAUAUCUUCCUGAAUCAGACUUCAGUGCAGCCAUCCCCUCAGCACCCAUAUCUCCAGCCACGCUCUUCUCCAGGGUCUCCAGCCUUCACUUCACCAACCACACCUUCACGCCUGUGGUCAGUAAGUCCAGCUCAGCAGGAUACCAGCUUUUCUUUGCAUCAGCGAUCACCACACUCCUCAUUUGCCAAAUCUUGAUGCAACAGACAUGUACAAAACCAGUAUACUUCUAAACAAUUUAUUGAUUGGAGAAAAUGUUUAAAUAAUGACUGCCAUCAGAAAUUCAGAUUAAAAUUGACCUGUGAGGUAGUGAAGGCAAAAGAUUUGUAAAAGAAGGUGAUUAUGUGUUAUAUGCUACAGAGCUUUGUGGGAGAAUGCGCCCAAUGAAAAGGAAUAAUGUUGCGAUAAUUCAGCGAAUAAAAGUGCAUAGUACUGGAGACCCUGUGCAUGUGUGUGAAUAGUUGCUGUGUCUAUACACAGUGGCAUUAGUAGCAUCUGCAGUAAGUUAUUUAAUAUGGCCAUUGUAUCACAUUUUUAUGGCUAUGGAAUGGUUUCAGAUGUGCAGAACACUUGAGACACAAUAGGUUUUAUCCUUUAAAAAGAAUUGAAAUUGUUCAAAGUGUUUAAAUUCUUUUGAAAAUAAGAGAAUAUUUUUCAGAACUACAGCCACUUUCAUGCAUAUUUUUUGACACUUAAAAUUGGAUGGGACUGAGGAAGCAGUAGUUAAGACUCGCAAUCAGUGGAAAAUGCCUUCACCUAAAAAUCCCAUGGAUUAGUGUUGGGAUGUGUGUUGUAUUGAGUAAUUUGUGCACAGGGAUUGAUCAUAUGGAAGUAUGUACUGCAUUAAAAAAAUUGUUCCAUGUUUAUUAUAUGUAUUGAUUUCUUUAUUGUUGGCACUGCAUAAAUCACCAACCAUUCUUUACUUUGAUGGAGUUUGUUUUAAGGAUAAACACAAGGCCUUUAUGCUAUUAGUUAACAAAUUUCUGCUGAAUUUUAAUAUAUGAACAACACCAAGCUUCUGCAAGUUCCAUUACCUAAGACAAAGAUGUAUGGACAGAGGUCUUUCUCCUGCCAAGCCCCAUCAACUUGGAACCUGUCACUCUGAUUCUCUUACCUCCUUUUAGUCUGAACUUGACACAUCUUUUCAAAACAGCAAGUUUACUGUGACCCUGUCCUAACCAUCAGCGUGCCUAACGUGUCUGUAAUUUACUUUGUGUGCGAGUGUAUUUUGUAGAAGUGAGCGAGUAUGUUAUAUAAAAAUGUGGGUGCAUAACUGUUGAUGAUUUAGUCUACAUAUGAUUUAUGUAAUGUGCUCUGAGCAAAGUUUUGGAAAGGUGUUAUAUAUUUAAAUCAUUAUUAGUAUUAUUAUUAAAUAAGCAAGUAAAUGCACUAGAACCUUCAACCAGCGAGCACCAGUCUUAACCCUGACACUUUAACUCUGCAGGAUACAUUUUUCAACUCCAAUUUCUCACUAAAGCAGGUUUGUAGGACAAAAUUAGCUCCUUUUCCUGUCACUAGUCGCCAGUUUUCCCAUUACUUUUGUGGCAAAGUCCAUUCUCAGACAAUCGUGAAAUGCGAUUUGUUUUGGGUGUGCACACUUAGAUUUUUGUGUUUAUCACAAGUACUUGUAUGUACCAACAUGUUUUGGAACAAAGUAGAUGUGGUCAUUUGAUUUUUAUUAAAACGAAGUCUAGAUAUUCUUAAGUGUUUUGCUAGAAAUUGAGACAUUUUUUAAAACUUGAACAGCAUGUCCAAGUUAAAGCUAAUAUUUUUCAAACAUUGCUCCGCGAUGGAAUGAAUUUAAGAAAUAAAUAUAUCAUGAAAAAAUUUGACAAACAAAAUGAUUGACCUGUUUCACAGACAUACAAACAGCAAGUCCUCUUUUAAAGAUGCAAGUUACAGUCCCAUCAUCAGGUUAGUAGCUCCAGCACAAGAAAAGAGAGACUGCGAACUGUUCAGAUUGUAUUUUUUGUUUUUAUUUGCUGUUGAACUGUUUAUAUUCUGGUGAGAAAGAAGGCAAAAUGUUUACAUAUGUGUAAUGCUCGAGUGUCUAUUAAAUGAAUUUUUAUUUUUAAAAAAA